CGUCAGAUCCAAAAAAUUAAAGCAACCUCAAAACCCUAUGUAAUUACACAACACUCUCUGUCUCCUGCUAUGUACUCUCCUUGAAAACCCUAGCCCUUCCUCUCUGAUCCUCUACAGCACGAGCAGAGCUGAAAACAGGCACAUUCUUAUCUCGGGGUUGUGUUAGUGGGGGGAUUGUUAAAAUUGUUCAGGGAUGGGUGAAGAGGUGAUGGUAGCUGUUCCGGAGUCGGUAUUGAAGAAGCGGAAGAGAGAGGAGGAGUGGACAUUGGCUAAGAAGCAGGAGCUUGCUGCUACUAAGAAAAAGAAUGCUGAGAACCGAAAGAUCAUUUUCAAUAGAGCUAAGCAAUACUCAAAAGAGUAUGAGGAGCAGGGAAAGCAACUUGUACAACUGAAGCGUGAGGCGAGGUUGAAGGGUGGAUUUUAUGUUGACCCUGAGGCUAAGCUCUUGUUUAUUGUCCGCAUCCGGGGAAUCAAUGCCAUGCACCCGAAGACCAGGUCAAUCUUGCAGCUUUUGCGUUUGAGACAGAUCUUCAACGGUGUCUUCCUCAAAGUAAACAAGGCAACAGUGAAUAUGCUGCGCAGGGUUGAACCUUAUGUGACCUAUGGUUAUCCCAACCUGAAAAAUGUGAGAGAAUUGAUCUACAAGAGAGGCUUUGGGAAGUUGAACCAGCAGAGAAUUCCCUUGACUGAUAACUCAAUCAUCGAGCAGGGCUUGGGUAAGCAUGGCAUUAUCUGCGUGGAAGAUCUCAUUCACGAGAUCAUAACAGUUGGACCUCAUUUUAAAGAGGCAAAUAACUUCCUGUGGCCAUUCCAACUCAAGGCCCCGUUGGGUGGUUUGAAAAAGAAGAGGAAUCACUAUGUUGAAGGAGGAGAUGCUGGAAACCGUGAGAACUAUAUUAACGAGCUUGUCAGGAGAAUGAAUUAGGCUUUUGCAGGCUUUCGUUAUUUAGUUGUCUGAGGUGCCGGAAGAAAUCUGAGAUUAAAAUUUUCACCGCUGUGGAAACAAUCAAGUGUCUGCUUGUCAUGAUGUUGGAUUAUUCAUAUAUCUUGUUUUUGGAA